AGGUGAGGCGUCAGGUAGAGCAGUGUGAGUGAGCAGAGGCUGGUGGUGACGCCGCUCUCAUAAUUGUGGAUUUUUCCACUUCAUUUCACAAUAGGUGGAGUGUGCAGCAUGUCGACCCAUAAAAGGUACUUCGUGAACAACCUUCCUGACUAUGGAGGAGGAGACGUCAUCCCCGAUAAGGGCGAAAUUAAGAGGCAAACUGUGGCGUUGGUGCAGACCAUCAGACACAAGUGGCACAGACACCGCCAGAAUUGUGAUGGAGGCCUCUAUGUUGGAUUGGUAGGAGCAGCAUACAUGUUUUAUCGCCUUUCCAAGAUGCCUGAAUUUGCUGAGGAGAGAGACCGUUUCUUGGAGCAAGCAAUGGAGUAUUUGGAACCUGCACUUGAAGAAGCCAGCUACACAAAGGGCCAUGGCAAGAAAGUUGAUGUUGUUGCAUUUUUACUGGGCAAUGCUGGUGUAUAUGCUGUGGCAGCUGUGAUAUUUAAAGCACUAGGAAAUAUAAAAGAAUCAGAGAAGUAUGUAUCAGAAUUUAAACACUUGGCUGCCACUAUCACUCCAGUGAAUUGGUUCUCUCGUGGAGGUGACGAAUUUCUUGUUGGACGUUCAGGUUACCUCGCAGGAGCGCUUUGGCUUCAUUCUGAACUUAAUCAAGAUG